AUGGUAAGUAAUUUCAGUAAGUGCUCAGGGCAUAGAAAAUACACCCUAGCUCUUUACAGGUAUACUUUACGGAAUCUUAAUUAUUACUAUCCAUAUUCUUCAGUUGUUAGGUCAGAAGUGAAAAAGGUACUGUUACUACAAACCAAACAGCACCAGAAUAAUAUAUCAAGUUGGUCGGUAUAUAAAAGGUUGAAUGACCUGAAACUUAUGAAUGAGUAUUUAGAAGCAUCUGAUACCUCUAAAAUAUCACAACUUCUUCAAAAAUAUUGUGCGAAGAAAAGAUUACAGAAUGACGAGCAUUUAGAUGUAUCACCAGCGCAACCCAUUAAAAGGAAAUCAAAAGAUGACAAACCCAAAUUUAAGAGUUAUGUUGCUUUAUUACAACGGCAGCUAGAAUUACCCGCUUAUAUUCCAAAACACUAUUUAACCACCUUGGUUCAACCAUGGGCGUUACAUCAUAAAUACAAGAAAAAGAUGCUUAACAUCAAGGCAUUAAUGGAAAAAGGUCCCCCAAAAGUCUAUAUGAGCUACACGAGUGUUGGACCAGCGAAAUUUUGGUUCCUUAGAUCUAUGAUGAUUAAGGGCCGUCGACAGCCUAAGUCCGUAGGCGUUUACAUCAGGAAUCUUAAACACGACGGACAGAAAAACCUUAAUCAAUAUUAUAAAUGCGUUGAAGACGUACAAUGGGCUUGGCAUGAAGCUAUCUGGGAGCACUACCUACUGACAGGAGAGAUACUAUCCGGUAAUCCGAUGUCCUUAACAAAAAAUAUGAUGCCCGAUGAACUGCGUUCUCAGAGUACGGAUAAAGAUUCUAAAAAAAAUGAUGACCUUAAGUUCCCUCCAUCAGCUAAAGAAUGGUUCGAACCAUUUAUUAUAUCCAUUCGGUUCCUGGCUGAUAAAAGUAACAAAGUUGUAAAAACCUUGCAACGUAAGCAUAAUGAAGUCAAACAAGGUCCCUACAAUUACUACAAGAAGAAAACCUUCAAUGUACAUAAACAAAAACUGCGAAGAUUUGCGAAGAUGGAAGAGGAGCUAUCCAACGUGAACCCCUACACUUCAAGUAACAACCUGAAAAGUAUUCUGCUUCGAUGGAAAAUAAUAAGUCCCGAAUAA